CGUUGCAUCGUAUCUGUAGUUGCCCUCAGUCCACAGUAUUGCCACCACUCUUCGUUUCUUUUAAUGUGAAUUGCCACCACUAUUCACUCUUCAGCCAGGGCAUAUCUGGGUCGGUCUAGUGCGACUCGUCGUCAAGGCUCUUUCAUGGGAAAAAACUCGUCUGGAGGGUAUAAUCGUAAUUAAGCGACACUGGUCAGAAGGGAGUGGAUGAGUAAAGGGAGGGAGCCGGAAAGAAACGGCCCCUACGUACACAAAUCAAUGCGGCCAUCCAUGAUAAGUAGCUCGUCAGGGGAACCCAUUGCGGCAGGCGGCAGCAGCAGCCAUUGAAUUGGCUCGCCAGACAAGCGCUGUGGCUAAACCCAGCACACAGAGAGAUAGCAGCAGCAGCAGGCCAUGGAGAACGGCGAGGGGGCGUACGCGCAGGACGGAUCCGUCGACCUCCGCGGCAAUCCCGUCCUCCGCUCCAAACGCGGCGGCUGGACCGCCUGCGCCUUCAUCGUCGUGUACGAGCUGUUCGAGAGGAUGGCGUACUACGGGAUCGCGUCCAACCUGGUGAUGUACAUGACCAACAGGCUGCACCAGGGGACGGUGGAAGCGUCCAACAACGUCACCAACUGGUCGGGCACCGUCUUCCUCACGCCCCUCAUCGGGGCCGUCGUCGCCGACGCCUACCUGGGCCGCUACUGGACCUUCGUCGCCGGCUCCGCCAUCUACCUCAUGGGCAUGAUCCUGCUGACGCUGUCAGUCACCGUGCCGGCACUGAAACCGCCGGCGUGCGACGGCGCCAGCUGCCCGCGCGCCUCGGCGCUGCAGCUGGGCGUCUACUUCGGCGGGCUGUACACCAUCGCGCUGGGCCACGGCGGCACCAAGCCCAACAUCUCCACCAUCGGCGCCGACCAGUUCGACGACUUCGACCCGGCGGAGAAGCUGCACAAGCUCUCCUUCUUCAACUGGUGGAUGUUCACCAUCUUCCUGGGCAUCCUCUUCUCCAGCACCGUCCUCGUCUACCUCCAGGACAACGUCAGCUGGACGGUCGGCUACGGCAUCCCCACGCUCGGCCUACUGGCCUCCGUCGCCAUCUUCCUCGCUGGCACGCCGCUGUACCGCCACAAGGCGCCACAGGGCAGUCCGUUCACGAGCAUGGGAAGGGUGAUCGCGGCGGCCGUGUGGAAGCGCGGCAUGGCGCUGCCCGACGACGCCAAGGAGCUCCACGAGCUAGAGCUGGAGCACUACACGAGCAGGAGGAGGUUCCGCAUGGACGCCACCGACUCCAUGCGGUUCCUCAACAAGGCGGCGGUCAAGGUUAAUCCCGGGGACGCCGACGGCGGGCUGGCGCCGCCCCGGCUUCCCCCGUGGACUCUGUGCACGAUGACGCAGGUGGAGGAGACGAAGCAGAUCGCUAAGCUUGUGCCGCUGCUAUUCACCCUGGUCGUCCCGUGCACGCUCGUCGCGCAGGCGAACACGCUCUACGUCAAGCAGGGCGCGACGCUGGACCGGCGCCUGGGCGCGUUCCUGGUGCCCCCGGCGAGCCUCGGCGCGUUCAUCACACUUACCAUGCUCAUCUGCGUCGCGCUCUACGACCGCGUCUUCGUGCCCGCCGUCCGGAGGCGCACCAAGAACCCGAGGGGGAUCACGCUGCUGCAGCGGAUCGGGGUCGGGAUGCUGCUCCAGGUGGUGACCAUGGUGAUCACGGCAGGGAUAGAGAACCGGAGGCUGAGCUUCGCAAGGGGCCAUGGACCUGAUGCCGCCGGCGUGCUUCCCCUGACCAUCUUCGUGCUGCUGCCGCAGUUCGUGCUCUUGGGCGCCGCCGACGCGCUCCUGGUAGUGGGGCAGGUGGAGUUCUUCUAUGACCAGGCGCCGGAGAGCAUGAAGAGCCUUGGCACGGCGAUGUCCCUCAUAGGCUAUGGCGCCGGCAACGUGCUCAGCAGCGCCAUCCUCUCCCUGGUCGGGCGUGUUACUGCGAAGAGGGGGAACCCGUGGGUGACCAACAAUCUCAACGCCUCGCGGCUCGACUACUACUACGCGCUCCUCACCGUGCUCGCCGCGGUGAACUUGUCGGUGUUCCUUGCGCUGAGCGUAAGGUACAAGUACCGAUCGGAGUCGAGGGAGACGAUUGAUGUCGACGUGCAGGGCGGCCCGGUAAGGCUUAAUUCAGAGCCAGCGCCAGUGGCAUGAAAAAAACUGUAUGUUUCGGCCUGUAUAAUUAGCUAAUGAACAGUACAAUGUCGAUGAAGUGGUCUGUUCUGUUAACGAUAUAUACUCAUUACUGAAAUCAUCAUGUAUCUCAAA